UUUAAAACAUGGACUACUGCACGACCAACAACAAAAGUAAUUUCAAAAGAAAUGGAAACUCUCCCAAUACAAUGGACGAAUCUAAAGAAAUGCUGUUUAAAAAUACUCUUGGAAAAUCAAAGAGGAAUAUGAUUGAUCACUUCAGAUCUUUUGAUGGUCCCUCUUCAAAACCAAUAAAUACAAAUUUAAAAAUAAACAAGAAUUUUAAGCAUAGUCAUACUACAAACUUGGAUCAAAAUCUGAUUCAGAAAAGUAUCUGUCCACCUAAAUCUUAUGUGCCUAAGCAAAAAUAAAACAUUUUUAUCAAACUUCGUCCAAAAGGGUCCCUCUAAGCAACAUUUUUCGAACAAAAAUAGCAGGAAAAUCAAUGAUUUCACUAAGGAAAUUCAAAAACUUGAUAGAAAUUCAGAAGGUUUUGAUAAAAAUUAUAACUUUUAUAAAACUUCCAGUAAAAGAGUGAAGCAUGCUGAUUGCUUCUACUCCAAAGAGUAUCUCUUUGCUCAAGAGAUCAUCCAGUCAGGGACAGAAAUGCCUCAACUUAUUAAAUCGUCCUUAUAACACUGCAUAAAAUGGGCUUUGAAGAUGAAACUCCUGAGAAAGCAAUGUUGUAUAAAUAGCCUGAAAUCCGUUGAAGAGAUAUUGAACUAUUUGACUCCUGACGACCAUAUGUUUGAGAAAAUUUCCAAACAUAAAAUAGCAGUGAAGUGUGUCAACUGUUCUAAAAGACAAAGAAGUAAGACUAAGAAAAGUACUCGACUUCGGCCUGAUAUAGAUGAUGAUACAGUCAUUUCUAAUCAUAUCUUGUCUAAUAAUCAUGAGGAAAUCAGGAUAAUUAAAUAAUAAUACGAAAAUGACCCAUAUUCUGAAUAGAAAGGAGCUGAGUGACACUUUCUCCUCCCAUCCACAGUCAUAUUUUAUUUCUAACAAGAGGCUGAUAAAGAAUAAGGAAAGAGGUCCUUCUCGAAACCGUGUCCGUCCAGAAGCUGUAUUUAGUGAUGAUAGAAGCAAAUUAAACAAGAGUGAUGUUCAAACCUUCAACCAUAGCAAGGCCAAGUUGUUUCCUUAUAACAACUCACGGAAUUUUGGGGCUCUGAAUGAGAACAAUCAGAUAUUUAGUCAAGACGAUAUUAAUCAAAAAUCUAUCCAGAUGAAGGUUGGAGAGGACUCUUCAUUUAAGUCCAUAAGGCACUUGAAUCAGUCACAGGAAAUGAAUUAUCAAGUUAACCCAAUCAAUUUAGAAAUCAACAGAAGAAUUCUGAUGGACAAUAAAUCUGAGUCUACUUACUUAAAUGUCGAGAGAAUCUCUCAAAAUAUAGACGGUGAAGAACUUUGAGCGAUCUGUAAUCAGUCUUUCGAAAUACACGGACCAGAUUAUAACCUUGAAUUGUUAAUGAUGCACAAUAAGUAUCAAGAUAUGAUGGAGAAUAUCUCUAAUGAUCCCCGAUCUAUCAACCUUCUUGGUCCACAAUCAGCAACUUCAAAGCAUAGCACUCAUUCAAUUUUGGGGCUUCAUAAACUAAAAACGCUCAAUCAUGACAGGUCAAGAGCAGGAGAGACUAAUCUACUGAAAAGGACCUUGAAGAGUAAUCAUAACUCUAACCAAAUGGCGACGCUUCAUGUGCCGAGUAUUAUUAACUCAUACAACCAGUCCUUCAAACUUCCUCCAAUUAACAGAGAGCAGAUGUUGUCCAAGAUGAAUGUUAUUCGUAAAAGAGACAAAGAAAUGUGCUCAAAAUGGAUACACUUCUUCACUGAGCUUAAUGAAAUCAAUACAGAGACUUAUUAUUCUUCAGAAAGAGCAGAACAAUGAUGAAUGAUUUGUAAAUGGAGUCCUAAAGACCUAUAUCCCAUUGAGUGAGGCCACUCUGUCUGAAGGGAAUGUAUUUCAUCAUGGAUUAGUGAAAGGAUUUCCCAGGGGGAUGUCCUAGACCUUAAGUGACCAGAUCCAGACUGAGAGUGUUACCUACUUGACAAUACAAUUCAAGAUUUAGUCUGCUCAGGGGAGUAUGAAAAAUACAAAUACUUUUCCAAAAAUAUUUCAACCAUUCUCCAAGACCAAAUCCCAGCUUCGCCAGGAAGCAGCCAAAGUCUAGAGAUUGAUGAACCUCUAGCAAGGCCGAGAGGAGUCAGAGGAAUCUAUGAAACCACUCCAGAUAUUUCAGAAUUAGAAGAAAAAUACAAAACUCUAUGUUCUAAACUAACCAUUCAGAUAUGUCCUAAAUGUCAUACUUUGGUGGCUAAGUCAAAAAUUUGAAAUCAUUUGACAUGUCAGAAUUGCACAGAAUGAUUUUGCAUUUAUUGUAGGAAAAAAUUUACGAAGAAUCACCUAAAUCCUCUUAAUAACAAAGCAUGCCAAUCACUGAUAGCUUCAAAGAUAUCACAAGGCACAUUGGGAAAUGAGCACUCCAAGUACCCAAUUAUGGGGAAAUGAACUAUAUUAACCCUAUUCAUAUUGCUGCUAAUUCUAUCUCCCCUAAUCGCAGCAACAAUACUUCCUUACACAAUCUGGCUGAACUGAAGCAGAAACCGAUCAUGGCUCACCAAACUCCCAAUGUUCAUUGGUAUCCUACUCACCAGCUUGAUACUUCUCCCCAUCAGUAUUCUCUUCACCAUCCUCUUCUGAAUCCACCUCCUCUGCCACAUAAAACGGCGAGGUUCAUAAAUCCACCAGUCAAAACUCUUGACUCUAAUUCUGUUCUAAAAAUUCCU